AUGACUUCUGUAGUGCGAGCUGGACAUUUGGCUCCAUAUUUUAAAGCCUCAUCGACUGUCCUUUCAAAUGGCCUUAAGCCAGUUGUGGUCGUCGCAACGCCUGUGGAUAAGCUGGUCACACAACCACUUGCCCACACCUCCACUGUCCAAACAUUGCAUGGAUCGUUGCCGAUUCAGGGAUUAAAAGCUAAACAUAGUACAAGAGCAGCGACGCAGGUGCGUUUUGCCCACUCUGAUAUCGCAGUUCCUGACUUCUCAGCAUACCGCCGUAAAGAUACAUUAGACCCAACAGUCAAAGCUGAAGAACAUGUUGACAACCGUAAUACCUUUACAUACCUUAUCGCUGGAGCUGGUAGUGUGGCUGGUGCAUAUGCUGCAAAAUCUGUGGUAACACAGUUUGUGUCAUCAAUGGCAGCUGCUGCUGAUGUACUUGCCCUGGCUAAAAUUGAGAUUAAGUUAGCAGAGAUCCCAGAGGGCAAGUCGGUCACUUUCAAAUGGCGUGGAAAGCCACUAUUCAUUCGCCACAGAACAGCUAAGGAGAUUGAAACAGAACAGGCCGUACCUUUGGAGAGUCUUCGAGACCCAGAGGCAGAUGGAGCCCGUGCACAGAGACCAGAUUGGCUGGUUGUUAUCGGUGUUUGUACACAUCUUGGUUGCGUGCCUAUCGCUAAUGCGGGCGACUUUGGUGGCUACUAUUGCCCCUGCCAUGGUUCGCACUACGACGCCUCUGGGCGUAUCCGUAAGGGACCAGCCCCAUUAAACCUCGAAGUCCCACCCCACACCUUUGGCGAUGAAGAAGGAAUCCUUGUUGUUGGUUAA